UGUUUUUCAGCGGUCAAAAAAAUAAACAAAUUAGUUAACCGGCAAUAAUUAUAUCUUAUACCAUUUAUUGAAAAAAGGAUAUGUAUUCAAAUGUGCUGCGAUCAAAGCUUGCCAAGUCAUUGUGGCCGCAGCUUCGUUGUUAUUCAACAAAAGUUGAAUUGAAAACAUUGGCGCAAAAGAAGCAACACUAUGGCAACUUAUUUCCAACUAAGCUGCUGAACAAAAAGCAGAAGACACCUGCAAUUUUUUAUUUGGCCAAUGAGAAGACUGCCCAGACGUUAGACUGUCUGCUAGAACCUUAUAUAGAAAAAAGUUCGUGUAAUACAAUAUUGGAAUUGAAUCCUGGCAUUGGUUUGUUUACGCGUAAACUUUUGGAUCGGGAGGAUAAACUCAAGAAAAUUCUUCUAAUGGAAUCCAUGGAUUACUUUAUGGAUAAUUUGCAGGAAAUGCAUUCGCUUUAUCCGGACAGAGUUAAGGUUAAACUUGCAGACUUGACUAAUAUUUGGAAACUUGUAUAUCAAGAUAAAUUGGAUAACGGCAACAGAGUUCAAGAACUUUUGCGGGACAUUCCCCGGAAAGCCCAUAAUCAGGAUCCGAAUUUAAUUAUAUUUGGUGCCAUUGGUUCCUAUCAGUUUCUGAAGCAUUUGAUUAAUUCAAUUGUGUUUCAAAACAGUUUCCUAACCAUGGGUCGACCGGAAAUGUAUUUAGUUCUACCACCACCUCUUUAUCUGCAUCUCUCCUGUACAAAUGAAAUUGGUUAUAUGGUGUACAGAUCAACCACUAUACUGUUCCAGAUUCUCUUCGAAUACCGUUUCAUAGCCCAUUUGCCUCGAGAAGAUUUCCUGCCUACACAAGCGGAAUAUAAUACCUCAAAAGGCAGCAAACUGCGACGGGUGCGUUCCGUGAACCCGGAACAUCUUUAUCUUGUAAGAAUUAUUCCCAGAAGAAAUAUUUUCGAUUUCAUCACAAUAGAAGAUUUGCCUGCACUUUGGUAUUUUGUAAAACAAAAUUGCGUCAGUCGUCGCAAUCGCAUAAUACCCAAUCUUGAGAAAUGGAUACCGGGAUGUGGACCUCGUCUUAUAGUUAAUAAAAAACCUAGGAAAAUUGCAACUCCACUUUAUGAGGAUGAGGAUGCGAGCAUAUUGCCCCAAUAUUCAGCCCAGUGCAUGUCCAUUAGCAAUCACGAUUAUUAUCCAAAUAUCAAUAUAUACACUCAAUUCGGAGAUUUAACACCCAGUCAGUUUUUGACUUUGUUCUCAAUGUUCCGCAGCUGGCCAGAAUAUGAGGAAAGUUCAUUUUUGGCUUCAUUCGAAAACAAUAUGUUAAAAUUAGAGGCCUCAGCCGAAGAUUCAGUAGAGGGCAUAGCCGAGGAAGAUGAUGAUCAACCACAAGAAAAUACGACACCACCUAUGCCUGAGAGAUCUUUAAAAGAUACCCCAUUAGAUGCGUUACCGCAAAUAACACCAAGGAAAAGUUCAAAGGAUAAACAAAAAACAUGAAAUUUUGCUUUUGUUUUACAUUUUUAUUGCUAUUGAAUUGUUAUAAACUGUUUUUUUUUUUGUUAACAUUUUUAAAAACAUC